AUGGAUCCUAGCUACAAUUCGUCUGACGAUGAACCAAUGGCCCCCCCAAAUCCUUGGGCCCACCUCGGAGCAGCGAGCCUUGCUUCGAUGCUGGCUAUUGAGGAUCCGAUGCAAGAAAGGAUCGCGGGCAAGCGAGCUUUCAAGGAAACAACUCUCGUUACCGACACUCCACAGGGAGCACAAAGGAUGCACAUGUGGCUGAACCGCUUCCAUCUAUUUCGGAAGCAAAUAUUAGGAAUCGGCCCCAAGGAAACACCAACUGGUGAGCAGAUUGAACGCUUCAGCAACACGAUCGUCAAGCACAUGCAACCACAGGCAGGGGGCGUGCCUUCGUUAGGAUCCUUGAAGAAUGGCAUUGUAGAUCUGAAAAGGGCUUUCCUUUUCUAUUUCCCUACAUUUCAGCUAUCAAACCAUGAAGAAUGUAGGAUAGCAGAAAAUCUACUUCGUCUAGUCCAAGAGGGGUUUUUAACUAGGAAGGUAAAACGAGAAUCACAUUGGGUUGGCUCUAGGAUGAUUCGCACUAUGAUCAACAGCUUACUUCAGGAUGCGUUUGACUACGGAACUAUGAACUGGGACAUUACUUUGUACAGAGUUAUGAGCUUGGUGGUUUACAGCGCCACUGCGGCGCGCGCUGGAGAUCUUUCGACCGAUACUGCGAAUGCUAAUGCAGGCAUCUUGACGUAUCUAAUGUAUCAAGAUAUUGCUAUGAGAUUCAUCCCCGGCGGAUCUGAGCUCAAGGAUCUAUUCUGUCAAAUCACAAUGCGGGGUCAAAAAGGAUCAAAGACCAACGAGCAUGCCAACAGAACUGUUGUUUGCAAAGCGCUAGACGAUACUAAUAACAAUGUCCUAUGUCCUAUCAACAUGAUCCUUAUCACCGCUCUGAGGCAAGGUAAUGUCUUUGGUACCAACAUCGACGAAGUGCUUCGACUUGCCCGUAAGCGUAGGGACAAAACCAGUCUGUGGCAUCACCCUGAGCGACCUGUUUUCUGCCAAAUGACGAAUGCUUCGUUGCUUGCGGUCGACAAACCUGCUUACAAAAAUCAGUUUAAUCGAAUUGUUGGGAGGGCAGGCCAAGUGGCGGGAGUAUUAGCUAAAAUACGUUCCCAUGAUCUUCGUCGAGGGGGAGCGCGUGAAGCAGCCCUGUUGCCUCAAAUUAAUGGUAUAGCAACUCCCGGUGUUGCUUCUGUACUUGGGCAUAGUCACAUGUCCUUGCAAACGGGGGUAACACAACAUUACGUUGGCGGAAUGACCCAUGACGUCUGGACAGACCGAGUCAACCUGGGUCCGCAACAUCCGUUGGCAAUGGAACCUAUGAUUGAUGCUUCAGCAGGAAGGACAUCAAAUAGAAAGCGCACGAUAGGAGCUAGGCAGAUACGCGAAUAUUGUGAAGCAAAUGGAUUCGACCCGGAUGACACUAAUCAGCGUGACAGGGUGAGAAAGAGAUUAAAGAAAGCAGAACAUGAGCAACUUAUCAAGCAGCACCUCAAUGCUUCUGUUGAAGACACGGAGGAAGGAUUCCCUCACGCCCUGUCGUUGGUGGAGCGUCCUUCACCUGUUGAAGCAAACCCAGCAGAUGUGCUCGAAGCAGGGAGUGAGCUUGCCACCAGAGGAGCAGGCCCCACUGGAAGCCGUAGCAUGAUGACUAUGUCAAGGCAAGAUGAUCCUGAAGUCGAUGAAUUCCCCAUAGACGAAGAUCUGCUCGAAGCAGGAAUGGAGCUUUCCGCCGGACUAGUCAAUAAUCCAAACAAAAGUCCCAACACGCUACCUAUGUCUAACAUCGAAGCAAAAGAUCCUGAUGUGGACGAGUAUCCUGUGGACGAAGACCUCCUUGAAGCGGGGAUUGAGCUUUCAAAGGACAUUCCAAUUGAUCCGCGCUUGCUUGAAGAAAACACCGAUGUUGCAGACCCAGCUGAUGAAAACAUAAGUAUCAAUCUUGCAGAUCUAGUUGCCGGAAACACGAGCACUGAACUUGCCGAUGCUAUGGAAGCAGCUGCUUGGGAUAUCACACAAGCGACCGAAGAAGAUAAAGCACUAGCAUUCGAUGGAAUGGAACCCAUAGCUUUCAUAAGAAAGCUGUCAACGAUCAACACCUUCGCCCACUCACAAAGAGUGGGAGAUCCUGCCGCUUUCAUGGAAAGCUUGAAAGGGAACGGCAAAAGUCCGCCUGUACGGUUCAUACAUGCUUGCCGGAACAAACGUUUCGGAUGUGAGUAUACUCAUCAGAGCUCGACCAGCAUGGCAGGCCACGAGCCCAAGUGUAUCUUAACAUCCGACGAGGCUUUCGAAGAAAAAAAGCGUAAAGAUGAAGCAAGAGUGCAUCCCUGCACAUUUGAUGAUUGUGAAGCAGUUUACAAGACUGAGAGAUCUUUGAAAGAUCACGUUAAAAAAAUGCAUAAGUUCACACCUCGGCGAUGUCAAAGCAAAGGCUGUGCGGAUGAUACAAUUUGGCAAGAUCACAAGGCUCUCGAAAAGCACAAAAGGACUGUUCACUGGGACAGCGAAGAUACCUUUACUGCAAUCAAAUGCAAAGUCCCAUCUUGCUCGUCUGACAAGGUCUACACGACCCGACGCCAAUACCAGAAGCACCUCACGGGGCACGGCCUCCAUACGGAGGAAUCAAAAUUUCCAUACUAUGAUGUUGCGGAUCAAAAGCCGAUCCAUCGGGGCAAAUACGAGCCCAAGAAGUGCACAUAUGCUGGUUGCACAUCAGAUCAUAUCUAUCCUGACCGUCCUUCAUAUCAACAACAUCUCCUCAAGACACAUGGCCUGACUUUGGAAGAGAGACACAAGUAUGAGGAGGGCGUUCGCUGA